AGAGGAAGUAAAUAAAGUCAGAACACUGUGAUCUGUUAGAGGUGAGCAUGUCUCCCCGCUACCAGGAUAAAGUUGUUAUUGUCACCGGAGGAUCCAAAGGGAUCGGAAAAGGGAUUGUCAAAGUAUUUGUGCAAAAUGGUGCAAAAGUGGUGUUUUGUGCAAGAGGAGCUGCAGCUGGUGAAGCGCUUGAAGCGGAGCUCAACCAAUCAGGACCGGGCUCGUGCAAAUUCCUGACAUUUGAUUUGUCCAAAGAGAACGACAUCAAGAGCUUGAUUAAAGCCACGGUGGACCUUCAUGGACACAUAGACUGCCUGGUCAACAAUGCGGGGUGGCACCCACCUCACACCUGUAUUGAUGAAAUCAGUGCAGAGGACUUCAGAGAUCUGCUGAAUCUGAACCUCAUCAGCUACUUCUUGGCCUCAAAGUACGCACUGCCACACCUACGAGAGCGGCGAGGAAACAUCAUCAACGUCUCCAGUCUGGUGGGCACCUUCGGUCAGAAAGAGGCCGUCGCGUACGUCGCAACCAAAGCGGCAAUAAUUGGCAUGACAAAAGCGCUGGCUGUGGAUGAGAGUCGCCAUCAUGUGAGAAUCAACUGCCUCUCUCCAGGUAACGUGAUGACGCCUAUGUGGGAAGAAUUAGCAGGACAGACGCCCGACACCACAGCAACCAUUAAAACCGGAGAAAACUGUCAGCUGAUGGGUCGUAUGGGGACAGAGGAGGAGUGUGGACUGGCCGUCCUCUACCUGGCUGCAGAUGCCACCUUCUGCACCGGGAUAGACCUGCUGCUUACUGGAGGAGCCGAGCUCGGCUAUGGCAUUAAGAGUCAGGUCCCGUGCUGACCUUGGUCCUGACCCUGGUCCUGACCUUGGUCAGCCUCCUGCAGUCUCCACAUGCCAUGAUGAGUGGGGAAAACAUUUGAUUUAAGUGAUCACUUUAUGUAACAGGCAUUAUAUAAUAACACAAACUCUUAUAAUAUGUUUUCUGACUGGUUUAGAAUGUGUGAGGACUGUAAUUCUCCUAAAUAAACCGAUGUUUCAUUCA